UCAAAUUAACAUUCAGCAUCGAAUAUUGGCAACCUUCUCAUUCAAAAUAUCCAAAAUCUAUAGAAACAAAUAUUUUAGCAAUCAUUAGACUUUCACGAUUUAUCAAAUACUCUAUACAGGAGAGGCGAACAAAUUGUUUGCAAACAUGUCUAUAUCCUGUUGGUCAUUGUGAGUAUUGUCAGUAGGUCGAUCGUGGGUAUUUGAUCUGAAGCAGGUUCAUCAUUUUGUUCUCCCCCUCCGUCAACAGACGACCAACAAAAGACAGCAAACGAGCAUAAUAAAGACGGACGAGCGUUCCGGAAAUGUUGAUUACUAGGUCUGAUUUACAAUUAUGAACAUUUACUAAUAGCAGUCAAUAUUUGACUGUUUGUCAGGCGAUGCGCCUCUUUCUCGUUCGCACGUGCUUCUGUUCCCACUGAUUCACGAGGAAAUACGAAAUAGAAACUUGCAACACUCGAGAACUUCCUGACAACCGUCAAUACAGUAGUGCAGAAUCUUUUUUUUUUGUCGGAUCACGCUUUGCACGUGCUACAUAUACUGAAAUUUGAUUGCUGGUCAUUAUUGUAUUGGAAGUUUCUAAGACAGGAACGGUCAAUAAGAGAAGAUUAGAGAGACAGUGAACGGCAUCCGGCUGAUCUGUGGCCUUACGACUUCAUGAUGUUUUAUAUCUACUUUGAUAUACUACUAUAAAAGGACGUAUAUUGCGCUAUAGAUAUAGUCUUAUGAGUUUACGGGUUUCUUUAAGAAAUAUAUGGAGUGGCAUGAGGACUUUUGUUUGACAAUCGUUAGCAUGUGAGACAAAUAACUUCGUUAUUGUGAUUUAAUCAUGGAGGUGUCUGAAAUACUCAUAUUCACCGAAAUUGCUCUCUGUUUUCUUGGAACUCUUUGCAAAGAUAUAAUGGCUGUGGAACCAAGGUUUGAUGUGCCUAUCGUCAACAUAACUGUAGUGGCAGGUAAAACAGCGGUCCUUCCAUGUUCGAUCGAAUCCCUGGGAGAGUUCAAGGUGGUAUGGACCGACCGCUGGUCCACCUUGCUGACUUACGGGGAUCGCCGAAUCAUCAACGAUGAGCGAAUAUCUGUAGAACGGCCCCGUUUGAGGGACUGGAAUUUACUAAUUCGUGAUGUACAAUAUAGUGACCAGGGCAAUUUUGUAUGUCAGAUCAACACACUACCCAUAAAAACAAAUUCAGUCCUCCUCAACGUCCUGGUUCCGCCCGAAAUUUUGGACACUUCGAGUAAUGACUUAACUACAAAGGAAGGUGACACAGUGACCUUGACCUGUAACGUCACUGGCAUCCCAAGGCCAACGGUACAAUGGUUCAGGAAGCCUCACGCUGACAGCCAGGAGCAUCAUAAAGAAAGAGUGAAGACGACAACCCACGGUCACUAUGGUAACCAGCUGUCUGAUGACCACUGCUUAUACACUGUCAGUCAUCGAGCGUAUGAAGUGCAGUUGCCCUCCGCUCCGAUAGCCACUGUUAUCGGACACGACCCGGUGGUAAAUAAUGGGGUGGGAAUUAACGGGGAGAUCCUGAUCAUUCACAAUGUCUCCAGAUACUGUGAUGGAAUCUACGAGUGUGUGGCGUUCAAUGACGUACCCCCAGCCGUCAAUCGCGUCAUCAGCGUAAUGGUGGAAUUUCCACCAGAGGUCUGGCUAAACAACAAGAAAAUGAGUCAAUCGCUCGGAAAAGAGACCAUUUUAGAAUGUAAGGUCACUGCUUUCCCACAAGCCGUGUCGGUCUGGCGGUUCGAAAACGUGUUUCUCGCCAACUCUCUCAAACAUCGCAUUGACAUUUAUAAAGAUAAGGGUCACACAAUUAUUCUUAGUGUGCGAAUUAUGAAUAUCACAAAAGAGGACUUUGGACAAUAUUCCUGUUUUGCUAGUAAUGAGUUUGGCGAAGAUGAGGAGACAAUGACUUUACUUGAGUUUAACCCUCCUACAAAACCAAGACCAGUUACUACAACGGAAGUACGCAUUUUUACAACAACGCCCAAAACGAGGAGCAAAUUAAAGUCGUCCGAGUACGACGAUUUCAUUCCAUUCAAGCGAAAUGAGGGGAUCAGCCAUAACCGGGGUAAUGAAACAUUUGUCGACGGACUACAGUUUGGAAUUAAGUGUACCGGCGCCAUUGUUAGAAUUUGCGCACCGUAUUCCAUGGGCAAAAGCAACGCAGGUCAAACAAGUUUAUAUUACAACGGAAAGCUGCUAAUUUCGUUGAUUAUUUUAUUUAAUUUCAUAAUUGAUAUUUUCUAUUUGGUAUGAUUAUGAGAGGAAGGCUGACUCUGUAGCCUAGCAGUAUUAUUUUAAUACUUUAUGCAGAAUUGAUCAUUCAAUCAAUUUUGUAUCGUAUUUGUUUUGUAAAGUUGAUAUAGCUGUUCCAUAGAGUUUUGGUUUUAUUAAUUUCUUUUGUAAAAUCCAAUAUUCCUUUUGACAGAAGUAAUCGCUAUCCAGCCUGUCCCAUUGUCACUACUCCUCUGUGUUAGUCUGUCGUUUAUUAUAGCUGAUGUGUUCAAUUUUACCUAUCAUGUAUGAACUCAAGAAAACCUAACAGUUUUUGCCUGUUUCUUGUGGAAAUUAUGGGAUGCAAAAUAUAUCUUACACGUUUAAAAACAGAGUUUGAAAUACUACGUCACUUUUACAACAUUCUGAAACCCUUCCUUCACUUGUGUAUCCCAGUUCUCCGUUUAAGAACUGUGCUGUUUGGAGUUGCAUGUUCGCAGUCUUGUAAUGAGCUGUUUUCCGUGUAAACAUCCCUCCCAUGCAUUGUUGUUGUAUGUUACACUUCUGAAAUCUGUCUUUUCAUGUGAUCACAUUUCACCUCUGACCUAUGAUCCCCCCACUAUCUAAAACAUGUUAUAGAAGAAAUAUUUUUUACAACGUUUGUUCGGUAAGUUGCCUUUUCUCCAAGUAUCAUUCGUUACAAUUUUUUUAAAAUUUACAAAAGACGUUCAAAAAGCCUCGUAUAUUUGUAAAUUCGAAACAAAUAGCGAAUUCGAGUUGGAUAAAAUCCGGUAACUAUUUGCAAGCGUUUGAUAUCCUAUAUAACGAUUAAUUUUCCCAUAUAGCAAAUUACUCCUGUAAUCCUGGUGAAUUACCUCAGUUUCCCGCCAUAAGAAUGCAAAUUACUCCUGUAACCCUGUUGAAUUACCUCAGUUUCCCGCCAUAAUAAUGCAAAUUACUCGUGUAAUCCUGGUGAAUUACCUCAGUUUCCCGCGAUAAGAAUGUAAAUUACCCCCCCCCCCCUCAUGUAGAAUGCUCACAUUUUCGUGAAUGCCAAGUAAUUUUCAGUAUCAAUUUCAUAAAAUUUCAUUUUCUCUGUAUGAAACAACAUUGACAACAUUGUAAAAAGGAGUGAAGGAGUAGUAGUGUGUGAUGCGAAGUCGUAGAUAAGUGCUGACCUCGAAUACAUGCGAGUAUUUUUUGUUAGUUUCACUAUUCAAGUAUGAUACAAUACCCUCCGUAGUGUUCAUACUUGAAUGAGGUAUAGAUGUACAUUAUAACAGGUGAGCUUUUCAUUGGCUUGUUUAAGCUUUCUCUCGCAAGAAUUGAAUUUCCGAAGGUUCUAUCUUGAAAAUAGUGGAAAUACGUUUAUCUUGAGUAAAUCUUUGUAUCUGCUUUAUACUUUUUGUCUAUGGUUAUCACAGUGGCGAAUCACGUGACUUUGACAGAACCAAUUACCCGGGAAAAUGACGACGAAAGUCAACGCAUGGGAAAAUGCAAACGAAUAAAUACAUAACGUAACACCUUUAUCAAUAACAAACAAAUUGUCAUAUAACUUAUAUCAACAUUCGAAGUGUUAUAGAAGCAGAGAACAUUGACAUAGUUUUUUGUUUUCAAUUAAAAAAAUUCCGACCGCCAAAGAACUUUGUCGGUGUUCUCUGCUUCUAUCGCACGUAGAACUACCAUUUUAGUAUAAAUUUGUCCUUGAGAAAAUCCUUCAAUUGUUGAUAUAAGUUAUGUGACUACUCGUUUUUGAUAAAGGUGUUACUUAUUCGUUUGAAGUUUUCCUUGUCGUCAAUUUCGUCGUCAUUUUUCCAGGCAGUAGGUCAUGCCAAAGUCACGUGUCUCGCUACUGUGGUUAUGGUGUUUCUUCCUGUAAUUCUGAUCAGUCUCCAGAAUUGCAUAUUACUAUCUUCCAAAGAAAAGAAAAAAAUAAUUGUUGAAUAUUUCUCUGUUCUUCUUGACCAUGCAUAUUAAGCAGGCACUUAGAACUUGUGACAGGAACGAGUUUGGUUGUACACCAUGCUUUGCUUUGUAUUUGCACUGUUAGAUUUGACAGCUCACCAUCAAGUAGGAGCAAUUAUUUAUCAUUGUGAGGAAGUAAUUUUGAUUUCUGAUGUCAAUAAACUUAUUUUUGUAUUGCC